GCUACUUAUCAAUGUGUCUGGUGUCAUCUGUUCUUUCUCUCCUGAAUGUUUUGAAAAGAAAGGUUAAUAAGAAUAAAUAAUAUGCCGCAAAUACUUAACAAACUGGUUAAUACAAUGUAUUAUUUUACGCGUCAUAAAUUCGUGCCAGCUUCCUUGGUUGUGAGAAAUAUAGCCACCGUGAAACGAUUUUAUAGAAGGACGAACAUACUUUCGAGCGGCGACAAGUUUGAGAUUACUCUGGACCAGAAGAAGCUGAAGACACCGCAGGGUAAGGUAUUCGAGGUGAACAGCAAGCCUCUGGCUUUAGCCGUAGCCGCCGAAUGGGAUGCACAGAAGGAAACAAUCGAUAGAGGAAGCAUGCACCUGACGUCCUUGUGCAACACCGUAUUGGACAAUCCGCACAAUCAUACCAAGAUAAAUCUAGUCAAUCAUAUAGUGAACUGUUUAGAAAUGGAUACGAUCUUAUUUUAUUCGAGUGAAGUGGAUGAACUAUAUCAGUUACAAGUGGAAAAGUGGGAACCUAUAGUUCGUUGGUUUUGCGAGCAUUAUGAUGUAGAUAUUGCGAGAACUCAGAGUAUAGAAGCGCCCACGGUGUCUAUGGAAACCAAAGCUGCAUUAACAAAACAUUUAAUGUCGCAUAAUUUCAAUAGUAUUUAUGGUCUUGUAUAUGCAGUGGACGGAUUAAAAUCAGUUAUUCUAACUCUCGCCACAGCUGCAAGAGUAAUUAAUAUCCCGGAAGCUGUAAAUCUUUCACGCUUAGAAGAAGAAUAUCAGAUAUCUCACUGGGGCAACGUGGAAUGGCAUCACGAGUACAGUAAACAAGAUUUGCAGGCUCGUCUAUCAGCGGCGAUGUUAUUUGUAUAUUUGAACUCUCAUUCCGCCACUUCUCGACUCAAAAAUGACGCCCCUAAUGUAAGCUAGUCCUAUUUAAAUUAUCAAAGAAUCACUACUAAUAGAUAUAAAAUUUGUAAAAACAACAUAUUUACUGUAAUAUAACAUUGUCUGUAA